ACUUGACAUCAGGCGAGUUACGGGGUGUGUUCAGUGGUGGUGUCCAAUCCUUUCAGGUUGUUGGCCGGAGGAAGAACUGAAUAGAUUUAAAUACUGGAGUAGCGUGGUUUUACUUUUUUUGUGAGUGUUGUGUUUGUUAUUUUUUCAAUAAGCAAAGUAUAGGGGAGUAUUCCAGUCUAGUAGGUGGCAGUAAUGCAAAAUGUAUUGGUUGCCAACCGCAGUUAAACCCCAUCGAAGAAGAGGACAUGCUGUCAUGGCGCGGAACACAAACAGAAAACGACAGUAUGGUGAUAGUUUGUAGCGAACGUUAAAUGCUCAUAAGCCCUUAAAAUGAUAAAUUACAAUCAAUUUGGGACGCAAGGAACAGGUAGACAUGUCUGAAAACAAAGCCAUUGAACUCCAACUGCAAAUGCGACAAAAUGCAGAGGACCUGCAUAACUUCAUGAAAGAUCUUGACAGCUGGGAAACUGACAUAAAGAGGAAGGAUGAGCAACUAAGAACUGGGAGCUUUAGCGAGUCUCAAAAAAGCCUCCCUCCAGUGCGAAACAAGGACUACAAAAAGAAGCGAGAGAGAAAGAAGGCACCAGACAACAAUGCAAAGACUGAACCAAAACAAGCACGCAGGAUAAAGUCUCAUGACUAUCAGUCAUGGGACAAAUUUGAUGUGGACAAGGUAUUGGAGUCCAUGGAUAAAGAGGACAGCGCUGCUGAGUCCAAUGACUCUGAGUCUGAGGAUUCUGGGGUUCCUGCAACUGACCAAGACAAGGUGCUUGCUGAGAAGGAGAAAGGCAAUCAGCUGUUCAAAGAAGGGAAGUAUGAGGAUGCCAUUGAGUGUUACACCAGAGGCAUGGGCGCAGACCCUUAUAACCCCGUUCUGCCUACAAACCGAGCUGCCUGCUUCUUCAGACUCAAAAAGUUUGCUGUUGCCGAGUCUGACUGCAACUUGUCCAUCGCUUUGGACAGUAACUACUUCAAAGCAUUUGCACGAAGAGGAGCAUCUCGAUUCGCCCUGCAGCAUUAUGAAUCUGCCCUAGAAGAUUAUGUAAUGGUUCUCAACCUGGAUCCUGGAAACCUGGAGGCACAGAAGGAAGUGAUGAAAUGCAAAGAGGUCAUUGCUAAACUGGGUGGAAAGGCAGAAAGCCCAGAGGCUGCAGUGGUGAUGCCACCUGUGGUGGACGUCAAGCAACAGCAGCUCAUGGAGGAACAACAGAGGAGACAGGAGGCGGUGGUGCAGAAAGACAGGGGGAACGCAUACUUCAAAGAGGGGAAGUAUGAGACUGCAGUAGAGUACUACACCAAGGGCAUGGAAGCGGACAGCACCAACGUCCUCCUGCCUGCCAACCGGGCCAUGGCUUACUUAAAGCUGCAGAGAUAUAAAGAGGCUGAGGAGGACUGUAGUAAAGCAAUAGCCCUGGAUGGCACCUAUUCAAAGGCUUUUGCCCGCAGAGGGACAGCCAGGGCUGCUCUGGGACUGCUCAAACAAGCUAAAGAAGAUUUUGAGGAGGUCCUGAAGCUAGAACCAGGAAACAAGCAGGCAUUUUAUGAGAUGAAGAAGAUUACAAUUGACAUGGACACCAGUGGUCUGCUGGCAACAGAAGAGCAUGCACAGCGGAGAACAGUACAGCCAAUUAACAAACCACCUGACCUGCAGUCAACCAAGUCAUUGAGUAGAGUGGACAUUGAAGAGGUUUGUGGAAAGAUCCUGGUCCAGGAGGAGUCCUCAGCUGUGUUGACUUCAACCACAGCCCCCCGUGUUAGGCACCAGAAGACCACCUCCAUUGCAGACACCGUGAGAGAGGGUCAGGCCUCACCCCCCUCUACCUCCCCCAGUGCUAAGAUCCCGAAGAUUGAAGAAACAUCAAACCUCCCCUCACAUUCCCCUGUCAAAGGGCCUGUAGGGUAUGCUGUGAGAGCACAGACACAGCAGCACAGGGAGGCAACUGUCAGUGAACCAACAGAACCGCCUGCUACACCAUCAACUGAGCUCAUACCUCCUGCCCCCACCAACAGCUUCCAGCUAGAGGCAGACCUAAGGAAGAUUGGAAAUGGCCCUGAAGUCAUCUACAAGUAUUUGAAGCAAAUCCAGCCUCAGGCUUAUACAAAGAUCUUUCAGAGCUCUCUUGAACCAGACAUGCUCAAUCAGAUUCUAAGGACGUUACAAAGCUUCUACAUCAAGAAGGAAGAGCCACCUGUCAUACUGGAGAUCCUCAGGAAUCUGGCCGGUGUGAGGCGGUUCGAUAUGGCUGUCAUGUUCAUGUCCAACCCUGAGAAGAAAGUUCUACAAGAAUUGUUUAACUUUCUUCGUCAAGCUGGACUUGAGGACGCUUCAGUAGGAGCCCUGCAAAAGAGGUAUGGAGUGUGACGUGAGUGCAGAACCCUAAAAAUGGACAUCGCCACGGAGAGCAAAAUUGUUUUUUACUUCAGCAAGCAAUCGCUUGAAGGAGUUUUUCAAUGCUCUAGUCCAUGUUACUCAUCCAAACAUUGCUGUAUGUACGCAACAAUGCAUCACUUAAUUUCGGCUGCCAUGUUGGAAGGUCUGUAACAUUUGAUGUAAUACUGUUUUAUUUUGUAUUUUUUCCCCUAUGGCUCAACAUGUGUAAGUUUCAUCCUUAUGAGAACAGUAGUUACUCUGCAUGGCCAAAACAAGAAUGUUCUAUCUGACUGCGGCCCAACAGAACCAUAUGGGGAAUAGUUCAAAUAUGCAUCUGCUACUCUUAGAAAGCCAUGAGAACUGAAAUAUGAAUAAAGGCAAAACAUUUGUGUUAUUUUCAAUUCUUCUGUCCAGGACCGUACAUCUCCAAGACAUUAAUUGCAGUGAAUGAGUAAAUACCUAAUAAAUUGACAACCUUUAUUGAUGUUCACUGAAAGUGCAGAUAUGAAGAAGAUACUUUUCAGCAAAUAGCGUUUUCACAUGUUAACUGUAAAAUAGUUUUUUUGGUGUCAUCUACACAUGGACUAAGAAGUUGGCAAAGUAUACAUAUGUGGAAAAUAAACAAAUUACAGGAA